AUGGACGUGUUGCGGAGACGGGACCACGAGGAGGGACACGGGACGCACCCGCACACAGUCAUGCCACAGAGAACUACUCCCCUUCAGGAUGCCACAAAGCAUAUCCUUGAAGGAAGAGACAAGACUGCUAUGUUAGAAGUAAAACAUAUUAAUCCAGUCAAAGGUCGUGGUAUUUUCUCUACCACUGUUUUCAGUCAAGGAGACUUUGUUGUGGAGUAUAGGGGGGUACUUGUUGAUUCAGCUGAACAGAGACGUAAACAGAACCAGAGUGAAUGUUCAGUCUUCAUGUUCGACUUCACAUGGAAGCGGAGGAUUUGGAGUAUUGAUGGCGGAGAGGAAGACGGAUCUUUUGGACGAUUAGUCAAUGACGAGCAUAAGUUGCCCAACUGCCGAAUGAAGUUGAUUGAGCAGCUGGGGAACUUGGUGGUCACCGUGGAGAUGGGAAUUACAUCAUGGGUUCUUUUAGGGUUCUAUCAUGACGAUGUCGUGUUCUCGGACGUCUCCAUGGAGAUGGACCAAACUGAAUAA